CUUGUUUUUUCAUCUCUCUGUGUGUAGAUUUCAUAAAGAACAAUGCCUGAGCAAAGCAACGAUUAUCGUGUAGUGGUGUUCGGGGCUGGUGGGGUCGGCAAGAGUUCCCUUGUCCUGCGUUUUGUAAAGGGAACCUUUCGUGAGAGCUACAUCCCUACGAUUGAGGACACUUACCGGCAGGUAAUUAGCUGUGACAAGAGCAUCUGCACUCUACAGAUUACAGACACCACGGGCAGCCACCAGUUCCCUGCCAUGCAACGUCUUUCCAUCUCCAAGGGUCACGCCUUCAUCCUGGUCUAUUCCAUCACCAGCAAGCAGUCACUGGAGGAACUGAAGCCCAUAUUUGAGCAGAUCUGCCAGAUUAAGGGUGACGUUGAUAGCAUCCCUAUCAUGCUGGUGGGCAACAAGAUUGAUGAGAGCAUUCGUGAGGUGCAGACCAGUGAUGGUGAGGCCUUAUCCAAGAAGUGGAAGUGUGCCUUUAUGGAGACUUCGGCCAAGACUAACCAAAAUGUAAAGGAACUCUUCCAGGAGCUACUUAACCUGGAAAAACGCAGGACUGUAAGCCUACAGAUCGAUGGCAAAAAGAACAAGCAGCAGAAAAGGGCAGAAAAGCUCAAGGGCAAAUGUGUUGUCAUGUGAGCUGAUAAAAGAGAAGUGUCUGGAUUUAAUCAGAAGGGAAACCAAGAACGUAAAAGCUUGCAUGACAUUGCGGUCACAACUCCCAUAGAAAGGGAUGAAAGCUUCCUCGCAACACAUUGCCAUGGACAGAAGAGCCCCUUGAGUAAAGCAAUGGUUGGUUGCAAAGAAGAAGCCCGUGGUAAAUUCCCAAAAAGUCUUGGAGAACCAUUUUUAAAUCAAGCCACUUUCAAACAGUGCUGCUUUUAGAAAUCAUCAUAAGACUGUCAUGAAUGGAUUUCCGUCUUACCUCAUUGCAAGUUUGCACCAGAAUUUUAGUACCUGCCAGCGUUUCUUUAUUAGGCUUAUAAACACCUCUUUUGUUCCCUAAAUACUACACAGGAAGUCCCACUUCAAACACCAGUUAUCAAGUAUAUAUGGCUAAAUCUGUGGAAUGAAAUCUAGAAAGAUUGAAAAUAAAAAAGUGUUAUUUUAGAAAGCUGUCUAUAUAAUUUGCCUCUGAGACCCAGUGCUG